GGCUCACCCAGACGAAGCAGGGCGCCAGCCACCGGGGCGCUCCAGGGCGAGCUCGACGUCCGGAUCGACGAGCACUGGCUCUUCCACGACGGUCACCGCGUCAUUCGUGUAUCCCGUACGCUCAUUGUUGUCGAAGGAGAUCCAGCAGGCCAGUGGCAGCCAAACUACCCCUAUGCUGCAAACAACCCACGGUCCGACCAUCGUCGAGCCCACGCUGAGGAGCACGAGCAAUAGAACACGCGAGUGGCUGUCGUCGGAUGAGCACCGAUCAGAAGAAGCGCGGACUAACAACACCGGAGCUGCAGAGGAACAAGGUGCAGGCGGGAGGGAUGGUGCUGCAGCCGGAGACGCACGCCCGUUACCUACACAGGCACCGUCGUCGGUCAUGAUCGCCGCCGGGACCUCUGGUAUAGCGCACGCGGCCGUCUCAGUCGUGCAAACCGGCACAGGCCUCCUGUCAGCUUCUCCUCCCCGUCACCCACCUUCUACUUCGGGCACGGCGUCCCCAGAACCAGAUUACUACACGGCGGUCUCGGGGUCGUCCGAUGGCGGCUCGGACGAAGAGGACGAGGUGUCAGAAUAUGGGUCGGGUUCCGAGUCGCAGGUCCCUGGCGUCGUGUCAACCAUCCCCCAGAGCGGCAUCGUCCAUCUUGGCCCGACGCCAGGAACCAUUCCACCUACGCAACGCACUGUGGAUUUUUCUGACGACCCGGCCUGGGCCGAGUCCGCGCGUGAGGCCGCCGAGGCGAGAGGGGAGACGGAGGAGGAGAGGCUUGUUGUGACGCACAAAUUGGAACAUGUGGAGAUGGCCGAUGGGCACCACGUCGUGACGGGCCGUGAAGGCAAAUUGCUCAAAUGCGAGGAUGAGCCAAUCCGAACACCUGGCGCCAUACAGGCUUUCGGCGUACUGAUCGCUGUCGAAGAAGACUUUGAAUCCGACACGUUGAUCGUACGGCAGGUUUCUGAGAACUCGAAGCAGAUCCUCAACCUGUCUCCGAAGUACCUUUUCGAACUGCCGUGCUUAUCGGACGUGCUUCCAGACGCUGAGGCGGACCUCCUCUUCGACAACAUCCAGUUCCUUAACAAUCUCAGCGGGGACCAGGAUGACGGCCCGCAAGUUUUCCUCCUCAGCGGAUGGGGCGAACCCGGCACGGCAUCUCGCCGAGAUCCGAGUCCCGGGCCUGAUGGUCGGGCAUCGUGGACGUGCUGGUGUGCCGCCCACCGGCCGACGCCUGUGACCAACAGCGACGGUGCCACGGACACAUCGCAGCUCGUCAUACUCGAAUUCGAGCUGGAGCGGGACGUGCACAACCCCCUGUACCCGCCUUUCGACGAAACGGCGUUCGAAUCCGGGAUUCCCUCGCCUUCGUCCCGCACCGAAGGCAGCAGCGCGCAGUCGUCCGGUACGGGCAGCACGCGGGAGAGCGUUGGCACCGAAGGGAGCAGCGCGCCGGAGAGCACUGGGACGGGAGGGAGCGCGCAAGUCAGCACCGGGAGCAGCGGGCUCGCAAGCGCGGCGAACGCCAGCAGCCCAGGCACCUCCGUCUCGGGUUCUUCCCUGAGCCACCCGAGCCUCGGCAGCCGCGGGUCGGACUCGUCCGCGCAAACGCUCAUCUCGACCGACAGCUCGCCCCGCAACAGCUCGCCGUUCGGCGUCGUCGAGCAGGGACGUUCCCUGUCGGGGUCGACGGCGGCCGAGCUCUCGAGCUCGAGGGGAGGAGACAACCGGUCGCCCCGGCUGCACCUCGGGAACGCCGGCGGCCAUCUGCGGCCGUUCAUGCUCCCGCACUUGGACGAGAGCUGGAUGCCGCAUCCACAGCACAUCCUCGAGAGCACGACGAACCGCGCCAAGCCGCUGCUCGCUCUCGAGCGCCUUCGCCGCAUGUCGCGCGCCGCGGGAGCCGACCAUGCGCCGUUGGUGCCGUCGCUGCCCCCGAUCGGCGAGAGGCCCGGCGCCGGUCGGCGCGCGAGGGGCCGCAGAGGCGGCGCGGCCGCGAACGGGGUCGGGAUGAUGGACAUAUUCGCAAUCAUGACGCAGAUCAACGAGCAGCUCGGGGCCGCGGAGGACCUGGAGACGUUUUUGAAGAUAUGCGUCGGCGUGAUCAAGGACGUGACGCAGUUCCAUCGGGUGCUGAUAUAUCAGUUCGACGAGGUGUGGAACGGCCAGGUCGUCGCGGAGCUCGUGGAUUGGCAUCAGACCCACGAUUUGUAUAUGGGCCUGCACUUUCCGGCGAGCGAUAUCCCCGCUCAGGCUCGGGAGCUCUAUGCGAUAAACAAAGUUCGGACGCUUUAUGAUCGUGACCAGCCUACCGCACGCCUUGUUGUACGGGAUAGGUCCGAUUUGGAGCAACCGCUGAACAUGACGCAUUGCUACCUUAGGGCCAUGAGCCCUAUCCAUUUAAAGUGCAAGUGCGCCAUCACAGAUCUGGGCAACAUGGGAGUUCGCGCCUCGAUGUCGAUCUCCAUCAUGGCUUUCGGUACCUUGUGGGGCCUGGUAGCCUGCCACUCGUAUGGUCCGUCGGGCAUGCGCGUCUCGUUCCUGGUCAGGCAGAUGCUGCGACUCCUGAGCCAGUCUAUUUCCCGCAAUAUCGAGAGGCUGAGUUAUGCUCGCCGUUUACACACGAGGAAACUCAUAAACACCGCGACUAGCGACCAGCAUCCGACGGGAUAUAUCGUGUCCAACGCCGACGACCUCCUCCAACUCUUCGACGCUGACUAUGGCAUGCUCGUCGUCGGCCAGGGAGCCAAGAUCAUCGGACCUAAUCAGAACAGCCAGGAGAUACUCGUGGUCGCGGAGUACUUACGCCUAAAGCGGUAUACAACCGUCCAAGUCUCUCAAGCGCUGACUGCCGACUUUCCGGACCUCGAGCUAUCCACCGGGCUCGAGGUUAUCGCGGGCUUGCUAUACGUGCCCCUGUCUACCGGGGGCAAGGAUUUCAUCGCGUUCUUGCGGAAGGGGCAGCCACGGGAGGUGCAUUGGGCCGGACGGCCCCACAAGGAGGACGUAGGCGACGUGCAGUCUAGGCUCGAGCCCAGGACGUCUUUCAAGGUUUGGUCCCAGGUCGUCGCGGGCCGAUCGCGGCAGUGGACGGAUGAGCAGCUGGAGACGGCCGGCGUGUUGGCGCUUGUGUACGGCAAGUUUAUCGAGGUUUGGAGGCAGAAGGAGUCCGCGCUGCAGACGACGAAGCUCACCAAUAUAUUGUUGUCUAACGCGAGCCAUGAGGUCCGGACGCCGUUGAACCACAUUAUCAACUACCUCGAGAUGGCUAUGAACGGCCCGCUUGAUACGGAAACCAGAGAUAACCUUAGCCGAUCUCAUGCAGCCUCCAAGAGCCUCCUGUUCACCAUCAAUGACUUGCUGGACCUCACUCGGCUCGAAAGUGGCCACGAAACCACAUUCAGCGAGCCUUUGGACCUGAGGUCCACGAUCUUGGACGCGACGGUGCUGUACAAGAACGAAGCGGCCAGAAGAAACCUGUCGUUCACUGUGGACCUCACUGGUUGCCCGAAGACCGUAUUGGGCGAUGCGAAGAAAAUCAAGACUGUCGUUGCGAACCUAACGGCUAACGCGGUGAAAUACACGGACGAGGGCGGUGUUAUCGUGGAGUGCCGUACAUACGACGAAACGGAAGGGCUACGAGAACCAUCGCACGAAGUUGCCGUCGAGAUCGUCGUCUCUGACACCGGGCGCGGGAUUUCAAGUUCGAAACUGGAGAGCAUAUUCCGCGAGUUCGAGCAAGUGGAAUCCGUUCAAGAGAGACCCCAGGAAGGACUCGGGUUGGGCUUGGCUGUCGUUGCCAGGAUCGUCGAACAGCUUGGAGGCCAACUACGAGUCGACUCUAAGAUCGGGCAAGGAAGCAGGUUCUCGUUCCUCAUCCCCUUUGCGCUCGCCGAACGCGGAGGAGCCUCCUCCGUCUCCUCCGGCUCGUCCGGGAAGUCCCACAUUAGGUCGCGGACCAAUAGUGGGGGCUCCGUUCCACUGUCGGGUGGGAGCGACAUUGAUGAUCUCGUAGAAGCCCUGGGUGGUGGUGCUCCAUCGUCACCUUCGGUUGCCACGCCUGGAGCGAGAGUCGGUGCGAGGAGGAGUCCGCCGGGGCACAUCGAACGGAUGCCGUCCGCGCGAUCCGGCCAAUUUCUCGUUACAGAUUCAAAAACACCCGUAAGGGGUGUAAAAAUGGACGUACAGGAGCUCGAUCAAAGGGUCGCCAAAGCUAGAAAAGAACCUCUGGCAUCCGCUACUCCUCAAAUAUCACGCAGUUCACCCAGCCCGCCGAAGAAACCAUCGGAGCGCAAUGAACGUCCCCUGCGCAUACUGGUGGUUGAGGACGAUGAAAUCAAUCGGGUCAUACUGUCCAAGCGCCUUACCCUGAGCGGCCAUACCGUUGAGAAUACAUGCAACGGUCAAGAAGGCGUCGACAAAGUGCGGGAGGACGAUCAGUUUGAUUGCAUCCUCAUGGACGUACAGAUGCCGAUUUUGAACGGGUUUGAUGCCACGCGCAGUAUACGAGAGUUGGAGAAGAGUGCGGUCAUCGGGAUCAGCGACACUCGAGCAUCACAUCGCCUCAACGGGCGUCUGCCCAUAUUCGCCGUCUCGGCUUCACUACACGAGUCUCAGUAUAGCGCUCUGUGCGGCUACGGCCUCGACGGAUGGAUCCUCAAACCUAUCGACUUCAAGCGGCUCACCGUGCUACUGCGCGGUAUCGAAGACCCCGCGCAACGGCUCGCGAACCUAUAUCGCCCGGGCGGCAAUUGGGAAGCGGGAGGAUGGCUUACGAUGCCGACGCCUAAGCCCGGAACGGCGCCUCCCAACACCUCGAAAUUGACUUGAUAUCGUGAUGUUCUGCUCUUCCUACCCCUCACCACCUCUUCUGGAUGUAUCUAUAAGUUACCGCCACGUUUCUUGACCCUCCGUUUCGGCAUAGGCUGUGGAUUCCGCCAGCGACAUAUGCUCAGCAUUGUAGAGUACAUCAUGCAUCAUGUUUUUACCCCACGUAGAUAUCACAUUAUAGUCGUGUGUAGCCUAGCCCCAUGCGUAUCCGUAUACCUCGU